AUGAAGUAUUUCCAAAAGAGCUCCGCGCUGUCGAAGCAGUCGGCGACCUACAUGGACCGUCUAUCGGAGCAUGCCUCGGAAGAGGAGGACGAGGCCGUGGGGGACCAAUCGUCGCACUGGAGGGCCAGUACCACGGGCAGCAACGAUGGGCCACCGGAGUCCUCGUCCUCCUUUUCCUUGGCGAGGAGCGAGACUCGCAUGAUUCGGAGAUCCAAAACGAUGUUGUUGGCCGUGGUGGCCUUGCUUGCGGUCGCCAUGGGCUGCGUGACCUACUACGUUGUCCGCUCCUCAGAGGACGCCGAAUAUCACGCUCGCUUCCAUGCCAUUGCCAAUGAGAUUGCCGAGUUUGCCCAGGUCAAGACAGUCCACGUCUUCAACAACCUGGAGAACUUUGGGGUCUCCAUGACCUCCUACGCUCAAGAUCAGAACAUGACCUGGCCCUUUGUGGCCUUUCCCGAUUUCCAAGUCCGGGGAAUCCUGUCCAAUGAAGAAACUGGGGCCCACACUCUGUCUGUCAAUCCCUUUGUGUAUCCAAAGCAACUCGAAGUUUGGGGGCGAUUCACACAGUACAAGAGUGACUGGAUGGCCGAAGCUCAUGUCUACGACAAGCAAGUCCACGAAGAGCUCUAUGUGUUGGACCAUCACAAUACAUCCGAUGCCCACCAUAACCCCGACUUUCAUUGGACCAAGGUGGGCAUCACACCCUACAUUUGGUACACGGAUGGGGGCAAGGCGGACACCAACUACACGGCACGCUAUCCGGUGGAAGAAUCCCUUCUCUACACACCCAUCUGGCAGCGUGCUCCUCCCUGUGACUAUCAGCCUCAGAUCAAUCUAGACCUCCGCAGCGAUCCCGUCUUUCAGCGCUUUAUCGAUGGCAUGAUUGACACGGAACAUGCUGUGAUUACACAAGUCACCGAUGCCACCUAUUUGGAUACCAACUAUGAAUCCAGGUUCGACCCUGCCGAACAGGCUGAACCGCACAGCUACAUUCUGGAGCCUGUCUAUGACACUCUCACUGAGAAUCGCACUAUGGUGGCCUAUCUUUCUGCCUUUAUGCGGUGGGGUGUCUUCUUCACCGAUGUCCUCCCAGACCACGAGCAAGACAUUUACGUCGUGUUGGAGAGCACUUGUGGACAAACCUUCACCUACGAGAUCUUUGGGCACAAGUCAGUCUAUCUGGGAGAAGGCGAUGUCCACGACACCACUGUGGACGAAGGUGGGCAGCUCUACGAACGAUUCGAGUUUGCGCCCUUUUCGGCGUUGGAGCGCGAGGUUGGCGAACACGGGUUUUGUCACUAUUACGCCACCAUAUAUCCUUCCCCACAUUGGAGAAGCAAGUUCUUCUCCAAUGAGCCCAUUGCGUAUGCCUUGGGGGUUGUGGGCUGCUUCCUAAUCACGGCCGCUGUCUUUAUGCUCUAUGACAUGCUCGUCCAAAAACGACAAGACAAGGUCAUGGCAUCCGCCAAGAAAACAAAUGCAAUCGUAACUUCCCUCUUCCCCGAAAACGUACGAGAUCGACUCCUCCAAGAUAUCAACAACGAGUCCGGUCCAGAGACUCCAGUGCGCGCCACAAAUUCCAAGAAACGUGGCUCGUGGGCCGAUCCUUCCAAUGCCUUUACGGUGGGCGGUGCAGCCAAGGAAGACAACGACAUUUCGAGUGAACGCAUCUUUGGAUCGAAACCUAUUGCAGACUUGUUCCCUGCUACCACAAUUAUGUUUGCCGACAUGGUCGGGUUUACGGCGUGGAGCUCUGUACGUGAACCGGCUCAGGUCUUCUCCCUCCUUGAGACGGUCUACCACAGCUUUGAUGUAGUGGCAAAGCGAAGGAGGGUUUUCAAAGUGGAGACCGUGGGAGAUUGUUAUGUUGCCGUUGCCGGACUCCCCAUGCCCAGAAAAGAACACGCUGUUGUCAUGGCCAAGUUUGCCACGGACUGCCUUCAUCGCAUGAAAAGCCUGGUCCAUCAACUGGAAACUACUCUGGGCCCUGAUACCGCUGACUUGGAUAUGCGUGUCGGGCUUCACAGUGGACCAGUCACUGCAGGAGUUCUGCGUGGUGACAAAGGUCGCUUCCAGCUGUUUGGUGAUACCAUGAACACUGCCAGUCGUCUGGAAUCUACUGGGUGUCCUGGAAGAAUCCACAUAUCCAGAGAUACUGCAGAGAUUCUGGUAGCCUCUGGCAAAGAUAAGUGGGUCACCCAAAGAGAUGACGAAGUCUUUGCAAAAGGAAAAGGAACCCUCCAGACUUACUGGCUUCGAAUCCAAGCUGAAUCCUGCAACACAGGUUCCAAGAAAAGCAACAUCAGUACUACCAGCCUGGAUGCAGAGCAAACACAGGCAGAAAUUGCCAGGAAGAAGGCCCUAGCGCUUGGCCCAGCAUUUGAAGAAGUUUUCGAGGAAACACCAGAUACAAACUUUGAUCUGUUGUCAGUCAAGAAACAACGUCUGGUGAAAUGGAAUGUGGAGAUCUUGAUCAAGAUCCUGAGACUCAUCAUGGCAAGGAGAGCCUCAUUGGAAAGUCCCAAGGAGAUCUCCAAGAGAGCUUCCAAGAAAAUCACAAAGCUCAAUGGAACAGUCCUUGAUGAAGUUGCUGAUGUUCUGGCCUUGCCCCAGUUUGACGCCAAGACCUACCAGAAUCACGUAGACCCCAACACUAUCGAGAUACCAGACACGGUUGUGGAGCAGCUCACUGACAUGGUAUCCAGGAUUGCUUCACUCUACCAAGACAAUCCAUUUCAUUCCUUUGAACAUGCCAGCCAUGUUACUAUGAGUGUUGUCAAGCUACUAAGCCGCAUUGUCAACCCCAUUGAGGUGUCCACAAGAGAGGGCACCAAUGAUCAAAUUGCUUCUGAGCUGCAUGACCACACUUUUGGCAUAACUUCCGAUCCUCUGACCCAGUUUGCAUGUAUCAUUUCAGCCCUGAUUCAUGAUGCUGACCAUCCUGGCGUUCCCAACUCCACUUUGGUGAAGGAGGAGCAUCCUCUAGCUUCCAAAUACAAGAACAAAAGUGUGGCAGAGCAGAACUCAGUGGACCUGGCGUGGGAGAUUAUCAUGAGCCAAGAGUACAAGGAUUUGCAAACCUGCAUCUGUGGCACCAAGGAUGAGAUGACCAGGUUCAGGUCCAUCAUUGUGAAUGUGGUGAUGGCAACUGACAUUAUUGACAAGGACUUGGGCGCUCAGAGAAAGGCCAGGUGGGAAAAGGCCUUUGCGGAAGACUGUGAAGAGAUGGCCCGUGAUCCUCUGGCCAUCAACAGGAAGGCCACCAUUGUCCUGGAGCAUCUCAUGCAAGCUUCCGAUGUGUCUCACACAAUGCAGCACUGGGUUGUUUUCCGAAAGUGGAAUGAGCGUCUGUUCAACGAGAUGUACCAGGCCUUUGUGGAUGGCCGCAGUGACCGGGAUCCAUCCAAGGGUUGGUAUCAGGGAGAAUUGGGAUUCUUUGACUACUACAUCAUUCCUCUUGCGAAGAAGCUUGAGACAUGUGGAGUCUUUGGGGUUUCAAGCCAUGAGUAUUUGAGUUAUGCUCAGGCAAACAGAAGGGAGUGGGAGGGCAAGGGUGAACAGCUAGUGAAGGACUAUCUCUGGAGGUUUCACAACUCCAAGACGAAUGAAUGUGCUCAUGCAGAAUGUCAGGACAAGAAGGCAUAG